AUGGCUCUCGUAUCCCCUCCCUCGUACACUCCUCUCCAGGAGCGUCCUCUCAAGGACACCAUCUGCCUCUUCGACGUUGACGGCACACUCACACCCGCGCGCCUGGACGCCUCGCCUGAGAUCCUCGACAUCCUUCAGAAACUUCGCUCAAAGUGUGCUAUCGGAUAUGUUGGUGGCUCGGACUUCGCCAAGCAACAGGAGCAGUUGGGCAAGCCCGCCGGACAGCCCGUCACCGCCCUCUUCGACUUCUGCUUCUCCGAGAACGGCUUGACUGCCUUCAAGCUCGGCGAACCCCUCGAGUCGAACUCCUUCAUCAAGUUCAUUGGCGAGGAGCAGUACAAGGAGCUUGCCAACUUCGUCCUCCACUACGUUGCUGAUCUCGACAUCCCCGUCAAGCGCGGCACCUUCAUUGAAUUCCGCAAUGGAAUGAUCAACAUUAGCCCCGUGGGUCGUAACGCCAGCACUCAGGAGCGAAACGACUUUGAGGCGUUUGACAAGGACGCAAAGGUCCGGGAGAAGUUUGUCGCUGUUCUCAAGGAGCGAUUCGGCCACCUCGGCCUCACCUUCUCCAUUGGUGGCCAGAUCUCCUUCGAUGUGUUCCCCACCGGGUGGGAUAAGACUUACUGCCUCCAGCACCUUGAGAACGAGGCCAAGAAGCCUGACGGUAUCGCCUACAAGACCAUUCACUUCUUUGGCGACAAGACAUUCGAGGGCGGCAACGACUACGAGAUUUACACCGACUCUAGGACAACUGGCCACUCCGUCACCGGACCUGAGGACACCAUGCGUAUCCUCAAGGAACUCUUCGAUCUCUAA